GAUUAGCACAAGCCCUUUUACAAUACACUGUCCUUCUGUUUUCCCUCUUUUUUCACAUCUUUCCCUUCAAAUCAAAACCCGAUGGCUGAAAGCAUUCAGAAUCCGGUGUGUGUAUAGACGUAAAGUGUGUCCUUGCUGUUAAAAGUUGGUAAGUUUGUGGAGCUGUUGUUUUGUCCUAUUCUUCUUCUGUCUGACUUGCUUAUGUUUCCGAUGCUGAAUAAUUUAGGGUUUACCUGCCAGUAAUGCAAAAAAGAAAUGUUGGCUAGAGAUCAGGUGAAAUGUUACCUCCCUCCCUUACACAUCCAUAGGGAAACAUGAGAAGUGAAAUCAAACACCUGCUUCACAACCGUCCUCUCUUCUUUCCUCACCCGUGCAUGCAUUCACUAAACAUUAGGCUUUCGUUCUGUAGUGUACGAGCGUUUGCACUCAAACACGAUUUCUGUUGGCUAAUGGGUUGCUUCCACUGAAACAAACAGCAGUUUCUGCAGCAGCUUCAUGGCUGUUCGUGGCACCGUUCCUACUCAGGAUUACUACCCUUUUGAUGCUCGAUCGGCCCAGACACCUGAAGAUCUGCAGGGCUUUUAUAAAGGAAACCAGCACAUGCUGAGCAGAUCAGGCUCGCAUUAUGGCCUGGCCACAGGAGGGGUCAGGAACGCUUGGGAUCAAGGGCAAGCUAGAGCAACUACACCUGGUCCUACGCCCGGACCUCCUCCUCCUCCUCCCUCGGCUCAUGAGAUCAGCCGCUUGUACAGGGAUUCUCUAGCCAUCAAGAUGAUCCCAGACAGCCAGCGUAUUCACAGUAGAGCCGCUUCGCCGGCUUGCUUCGGCGUUGAAUCCAGAUCUCCAGCAGAACACUCCGUGUACAGCGACGCCAACGGCCUUCCUCUGGACUCUGGAUCCACCUGCAUAGUAGUGGACCCUACAGCUUCAGUCAUGGAUGGGACUCUUCCUCGAGGGAACCCUACUUACGGCUCCGUAUCAACUCAAAGGAUGCCUUACGACCCUGCUUACGAUCCAGGCGCCGCUCACCACCCUCCGGCGGCCGUCACUGUCGACCCCAAGAGAACCGUGGAUCCCAGUUUUCUAGCUCUCCUGCGCUCCGAGGGUCUGUCGGAAAGCACUAUAACUCUUCUCCUACAGCAAGGGUUUGAUUCUACCUCCAUGCUUGCUAUGAUGGAAGACCACGACGUCCGCUCCGUCGCUCCCAAUUUGGGCCAAGCACGAGUGCUUUCUCGAGUGGUGCUCAAUUGCAAGACGGGAGCAACCGGUGCUGUGGUUAUGCGAGGUCGUUCUAACAGCUUCAGCCAUCGGAAUGAUCUCUAUAUGCAGUCUCAGGCAGCGGAUGGAAACCUCAUGCAACAGCCUCCCAGCACCCUGCAGUCCAUCUCUCCUAGAAUGGGAGAGUUUCUCGGUCAGCGGCCGAGCAGCGCUCCAUCUCAGCAUCUCCUCGAAACCGCAACAUAUCCUGGGGUUCGCUCAACCGGAGGUCUUCCAGUCAGUCCCGGGGGCUACGCCACUCAAACACGACCUUUGUACAAUGCCCACACCGGCCUGGCCAUGUCCGCUCAACAACAACCUCCCAAGACCUUCUCCACUACAUACAGCCCUAUGGAGCUGAUGAAGCGCCCUCCGAACCUUCCUCCUCUCUCUCCUUCUCAUAGCCCCCAUCACAGCCCUCAGUUAAUGCGCAAGGGAGCAGCGCCUGUGGAGAGUGCCAUCCUUCCAGCAUCUUCAGCCCUCCAGCCGCAGUCCCAUAAUCCUAACAACAAACAAACCCGGAGAACCGGACCUCCGGUCAUUGUAUCCACCAUGGCUUCACCUGACACAAGUAUCAGGCCUCAGAUCGUGAAUGGCCCGAUGCAUCCUCGUCCUCUGGUGGCUCUCCUGGACGGUCGGGACUGUACGGUGGAGAUGCCCAUCCUCAAAGAUCUGGCCACCGUAGCCUUCUGUGACGCACAGUCCACACAGGAGAUCCACGAGAAGGUGUUAAACGAGGCGAUCGGAGCUCUGAUGUAUCACAGCAUCACACUGACACGAGAAGAUCUGGAGAAGUUCAAAGCGCUCAGGAUCAUCAUCCGCAUCGGCAGCGGAUACGACAACAUCGACAUUAAAGCAGCCGGAGAGCUGGGGAUCGCGGUGUGUAACAUCCCGUCAGCGGCGGUGGAGGAGACGGCCGACUCGACGCUGUGUCACGUGUUGAAUCUGUACCGCAGGAACACGUGGCUGUAUCAGGCGCUGCGGGAGGGCACGCGUGUUCAGAGCGUGGAGCAGAUCCGUGAAGUGGCAUCCGGAGCCGCACGCAUCCGCGGAGAAACGCUCGGACUCAUCGGCUUCGGUCGUUCAGGGCAGGCCGUUGCCGUCAGGGCUAAAGUGUUUGGAUUUAACGUGAUCUUCUACGACCCGUACCUGCAGGACGGUCUGGAGCGCUCGCUGGGCGUUCAGCGCGUCUACACACUGCAGGACCUGCUUUAUCAGAGCGACUGCGUCUCGCUGCACUGCAACCUGAACGAACACAACCAUCACCUCAUCAACGACUUCACCAUCAAACAGAUGCGUCAGGGGGCGUUCCUGGUGAACACGGCUCGAGGAGGUCUGGUGGAUGAGAAGGCUCUGACUCAGGCGCUGAAGGAGGGCCGGAUACGAGGAGCGGCUCUCGACGUCCACGAGACCGAACCCUUCAGUUUUGCGCAGGGUCCUCUGAAAGAUGCUCCUAACCUCAUCUGUACGCCGCACACAGCCUGGUACAUCAAACAAGCGUCCCUCUACAUAAAAAAACAGACCCAUAAAAAGAAAACAACACACACAACACGCCGGAUUCCUGACAGUCUGAGGAACUGCGUCAAUAAGGAGUUCUUUGUGUCAACAGGUUCCUGGGGUCUGAUGGAGAAGCAGGUUCAUCCUGAGCUCAACGGCACCGCCUACAGCCAAGUCAACCAAUCCCUACAGGCCAUCACGACUGGCUCCGCCCCCCAAGACAAAAUCAUUGCCUAAAACAAGAGCAGGUUCCCGUCAGGUCUGGCCGGAGUGGCAGCGGGUUUGGAGGGUCUGGUUCCGUUGACUGCCAUAAAAGACCCAUCCCAGACGCCAUCCCCAAACCAGCCCUCCAAUCACAGAGAGAGCAGAGAGCAGCUGAGCGAGCAAUAGCACACCCAAAUCCUUCUUUUGUUUUCCUUUUUACCGUUCUGGAGGAAGUGGAUGUUUUUGGUGUCUCCUCCACAGAAACACAACACACUGAAUGGAGUUUGUUACUUUGACGUGUUUCUUGCCUCCGUUUCUCAUUUCUGUGAAUCCUUUAAAAGGAAUCAGGCAAUAGUGACGCCCGAAGCCACGCCCACUCAGCCGCCCAUCACGAUGAUUGACAGCUCAGCGCUCUGCUCUGAUUGGCCAGCGCUCUCAGACUUCAGCCAAGGAGUGAAACACCAAACGAAAUCUUUCUCUUGUGUGUUUUGCUUGACUAAUGAACAGUUCAAAUACACUUCCGUUUCUUUCUCGUACCAGGAGAUGAUGUUUAGAUGAAGGGAGUUUCAUGUUUUAUAUUCAGUAUGUUUUGGUUUUGGCUUCAUUUCACUAUAUGACUCAGGAAAAUCUCACCUCCAUAAUUGUUUCCCACCAAAUCUUGUCCAGAUUGUUGCAUAUGAAUACAUCUUUUCUCAUAUUUGCGUUCCUGUUUGACUGGUGCUAGUAUUUUUACACAGUGAGAUCAGUAGGUUUGUGUGGUUUAGAUGAGUGUCCUGUACUUGGUUUGUUCUUCUGAAGGUGUUUGUUUGUCCGAAAGCGAGAUGUGAUUCAGAAGCGGGAGGUUGUUUGUUUUAUUGUGUUUAUUUGUAUUUGUUUCUUUGUAGCAUCAGUGCAGAUCAAAUAAACCAUGCAGGUUCAGAACUCUC